CGGCACUGCGAGAUCCCAGCCGAACUGACGCGUGGCUGCUAGCACCCAGCGCGCUCGGCCUCACUCGGCGUUGGUAAAGGCCGCUUUGUUAGAGGGAUGGCUGACGAGGACGCAGAGGCGUUUGCCAGCGAGCUGCAGGUCGCGGCGGAGCUGCCUGUUAUCCAGCUGUGCGGGCUGGUGGAAGAGCUCAGCUAUGGAAACUCGGCUCUCAAAACUGAGACAGAGAUGUUUGAGAAAUAUUACAAUAAACUGGAAUCCAAGGAGCAGCGACCUCUACGAUUAUCUGAAAUUAAAAGACCGGGAACAGACUUUGCGCAGAUGCGAAGCAGGCAUAGAUCCAAGUCACACCCAGCUAUUGAACGUACAGCAUGCCUCAGCGUGGACCAAAAAUGCGAGCUUGUGCAGAGGGAGCUGGAGGACAUGAAGGACGAGAUACGGCACCUGCGGGCCAACGCCGAGCGGGACCUGCAGUAUCACGAGGCGAUCAUCGAGGAAGCUGAAAUCCGGUGGGCUGACAUCCAGAAAGAAGUGCACGAGUUUGAAAAAGACAUCCUGAAAACCAUAUCCAAGAAGAAAGGGAGUAUUUUGGCCACUCAGAAAGUGAUGAAGUACUUUGAGGACAUGAACCGCCGGAGGGAUCACAUGAAGGAGAAAUUAUGUUUGAAAAACGUUUCUCUCAAAGUCCAGAGGAAAAAGAUGCUUUUACAAUUGAGGCAGAAGGAGGAGGUGGGCGACGCCCUCCAUGACGUCGACUUUCAGCAGCUGAAGAUAGAGAACGCCCAGUUUCUAGAGACGAUAGACACGAGGAAUCAAGAGCUGAUCCAGCUCAAGCUGUCGUCUGGAACCACCCAGCAGGUCCUCAACUCCUACAAAACCAGGCUAAACCGAGCCAUGGACAUGUCCGUCAGUCUGAAAAAGGAGAUCUUACAGAGAAAGGAGUUACUUGAAAAAAUCGAAAAAGAAAUCCUGCAAGUAGAGGGGGACCGGGCCAAAGACGAGGCUGUGAACAAGAAGCUCCGCAGGCAGCUGAGCGAGUUCCGGGUGCCACCGGUGAUGCAGUACGUCAGGGAGAAGGUCCUCAGCGGGGACUUGGAGAAGACCAUCAGAGUGUGGGAGAGGAAAGUGGAGAUUGCAGAGAUGUCCUUAAAAGGCUACCGCAAGGACUGGAAUAAAAUGAAAACCACCAGUGAGCAGUUUCUGGCCAUUGGCUCCGCUGGGAAGUAGCCAGAGGGAGGCCCCGGCUGCAGACCAAGAGGACAUCCAUUAAAAUAAUCAACUCCA